CAUCCAGCAGAUGAUUGGUCAUUCAGAAGAACUUCCCCCCCAGCCACUGGGUGAUGGCUCCACUUUGAAGCAAGAGCUUCCAUGGCCCCCCCACAUUAAAGAGGAAGAAGAGGAGGAAGCUGAUCCCACCAAGUUGCCACUGACUGUUGUCUCUGUGAAGAUGGAAGAUGAUGAAGAGAAACCACAAGUAGACAACCUCUUAGCUCCACUAUCAGAUAGUGAGGCUGAAGACGAGGUUGAAGUAACUUUGAGCAGCGAUACAGACUGUGAUGGUGAUAUGAGGACUCACACUGACAACAAACACUCUGACAGCUCUAAAAAGAAGGGAGGUAAAAAAUAUUUGAGCUGCUCAGUUUGUGCUAAAAGCUUCACCCGAAAGACUCAUUUGAGUCAACAUAUGAGAACGCACACAGGAGAAAAACCGUUUAUGUGUUCAGGUUGUCCGAAAAGCUUUUCUCUAAAGACUCAUUUGACGCAGCAUAUGAGAACACACACAGGAGAAAAACCGUUUCAUUGUUCAGUUUGCGGUAAAGGCUUUACUCAAACGGGCAGUUUGACUCAACACAUGCGAACGCACACCGGAGAAAAACCCUUUGUUUGUUCAGUUUGUGGUAAAAGGUUCUCUCAAAAGAGCGAUUUGAGUGGACACAUGCGAACACACACCGGAGAGAAGCCGUUCAUUUGUCCGGUUUGUGGUAAAAAAUGUUCUCAAAAGAGCAAUCUGACCGGACACAUGAGAACACACACAGGAGAGAAGCCCUUUCACUGUUCGGUUUGUGGUAAAACAUUUUCAAAUAAGAUCUGUUUGACAACACACACAAGAACACACACAGGAGAGAAACCAUUUAAUUGUUCAGUUUGCGGUCAAAGUUUUUCUCAAAAGACCAACUUAACAGCACACAUGAGAACACACAAAAGAGGAACCGUACAAUAGUUUUGUUUUUCAGUUUUUUUCCCUGCGUGCCAUUUUUAUGUGUUAGAAGAAGUUGCCUUCUGAGUGAAUCUGGGACAGCAAACUCAGCAUGAAAUGUUUUUUCUCCGGUAAAAACAGCAGCUAAUGGAUGAACACAACAUGGAUGGUGUUUCCCCUCACCUUUCUUUUGGAUUACAGAAGUGUUUGUGUUGUGACAAUGUUGUGUAGCAGUGUUGGACAUACAAGCAGACACAAGAUUUAAGUAUGAUUUAUUUGCGGUAACCUUUUUAUAACAUAACACUUUUUUAUAUAUUUCUUGUGCGGGGGAAAAUAACUGUUGGAUUCUACCGGAGCUGCCUACAGUUCUUCUCAUCACCACUAAAGACUUGAAACUUGCAAAACACAGACUUUCAAGCAGACCAGAAGGCAAGACAGCAGUGGAAACAGGAAGUACUCAACACAAAGUGAAAAGAGGGACCAGCACAACAGAAAGCAGAGUGCAUAAACUGCAGUGACCCCUGCUGGCAUCAUUAAACCACUGCCUACACAAUAAAUAUGAUUAGCGUUUGACACACAUAAAAUAGAAAAGUAAUAUUUCCACAUUCUUUAUAGAAUAAACAUGUACAUAUCAUUUUAUUUUUUUAAGUGAUUGACAAAGUACGACUAAUAUACAAGAUACACAGAAACAAUCUGAUCUAUUUUUAUUUUUUAAAUAUUUGUUUAAAAAUAACCUCCACAAAAUUUAAGUUGAUUAAAAUUAAUUACAACGAUGUUUUGUUAAAAAUAAAGUAAUUUUUUUAUUUUUUCUAAUGUUUUUUUUUCUUAUUUAAAAAAAAAAAAAAAUUGGGGGGGGCAAGGGAAAAAGUGUAUGUUUCUCAGUACCCGUAUUAUGAUUUCCCUAUCAAAUGAAUACAUAAAUAUAAUUUUUUCUAAAUAAAGUAGUACCUGUAUUAUGAUUUCCCUAUCAAAUGAAUACAUAAAUAUAUUUUUUUUUAAAUAAAGUUAUUUUAUGAAAUAAAGAUAAA